GCGGUUUCCUAGACUACGACACCGGAAAGCUGGGGGAGGUGCUCCCAACCUUUGAGGGCGGAGGGCGGUGGCGGCGCUGUCGCUGGGGACCGGCUCUGUGGCUUCGGGAAAUAGUUUGGCGCCGGCGGCUGCCCGCGUUACUUCACAUCCCGCCCUCGGCACGGCUAGCAGCCCCCUUGCCACCGGCGUCCGGCAAUGUGGCCCACCGACCGGGCGUAGCAGCUGCGCGUGCGCGGAACCGGGGGGCCAUGAGCGAAGCCGGCGGCUGCCGGGGCUGUGGGUCCCCGGUCCCCCAGCGAACGCCAUGGAGCCUGGUGGCGGCGACGACCGCGCUCUGCCUGGUGUCGGCCACGUCCGUGUGGACGGCGGGGGCCGAGCCCAUGAGUAGGGAGGAGAAACAGAAGCUUGGGAAUCAAGUACUGGAAAUGUUUGAUCAUGCUUAUGGUAACUAUAUGGUAAGUAGAAAGCUUAUCCUUCCAUACCAUUUAUGUGAGCUGGUAUUAUCUGAGGGUCUUCUGGGUGGACACUCCCUGGCAAUCAUGCUGAAAGAAAAAGGUGAAUACAUGCAGUGGUACAGUGAUGAACUUCUUCAAAUGGCAAAGCAAUUAGGUUACAAACUUUUACCAGCUUUCAACACUACCAGUGGGCUUCCUUACCCAAGAAUUAAUUUAAAGUUUGGCAUCAGAAAACCGGAAGCUCGGACAGGAACUGAGACAGAUACCUGUACAGCUUGUGCAGGUACCUUGAUCCUUGAGUUUGCAGCUUUAAGUCGAUUCACAGGAGCAACAAUAUUUGAGGAAUAUGCAAGAAAAGCUCUUGAUUUUCUCUGGGAAAAAAGACAACGAAGUAGUAAUUUAGUGGGCGUGACUAUAAAUAUUCAUACUGGAGAUUGGGUACGAAAAGAUAGUGGAGUUGGAGCAGGGAUUGAUUCAUAUUAUGAGUAUCUGUUGAAAGCCUAUGUCUUGCUUGGAGAUGACAGUUUUCUGGAAAGAUUUAAUACGCACUACGAUGCCAUAAUGAGGUACAUUAGCCAGCCACCUCUUCUCCUUGAUGUGCAUAUCCACAAACCAAUGCUGAAUGCUCGGACUUGGAUGGAUGCUUUGCUUGCCUUUUUUCCAGGUUUACAGGUAUCAAGAACUCUAGCUACAGGAGAUCCUUACUACCUUGAAGUAGGGAAAACACUUAUUGAAAAUUUAAAUAAAUAUGCUAGAGUGCCUUGCGGAUUUGCUGCCAUGAAGGAUGUUCGUACUGGAAGUCAUGAGGACAGAAUGGAUUCUUUCUUCUUGGCUGAAAUGUUUAAGUAUCUUUACCUAUUAUUUGCUGAUAAAGAAGACAUUAUUUUUGACAUAGAAGAUUACAUCUUUACAACAGAAGCUCAUCUGUUACCUCUUUGGCUCUCUACUACAAAUCAAAACAUCUCUAAGAAGAAUACAGUUUCCCGGGGAGACUUAGGGUCAGAUGGCCAUCCUUUGUCUAAUCAGUUAUUACUAAGAGAUGACAAUGAGGGGAGCAGCAGUGAUACUGCCCCUCUGUUCCAGAUGGCAGGUGAUGGGAAGGAAACAGAUGACAUCAAGAUCCCCAUGCUGUUCUUAUUCAGCAAAGAAGGAAGCAUCAUACUGGAUGCCAUCCGGGAAUAUGAGGAAGUAGAAGUGCUCCUUUCUGAUAAAGCAAAAGAUCGAGAUUCAGAAAUGGAAAAUGAAGACCAACCAUCCCCUGAAAAUGAUUCUCAGAAUCAGAGUGCUGAACAGAUGACAUCAAGUUCUCAUGAGGUUGAUUUGGCUGAUCAAGAGUCUUCUGAGGAAAGUUCUCUAAACUCUCACCCAGAAUCAUUAUCUCCAGCAGAUACAGACAAUGCUGCAAGCCCUUCCCCUUCUGAACAGACUUCUAAUCCCACAGAAAACCCUGAGACUACAAGUCUUGAUGGUGAAUGUACAGAUUUAGGUAACCAACUUCAAGAACAAUCAGACACUGAGGAAGAAGAUUCCAGUCCUAACGUUAGCUGGGGUAAAAAGGGCCAGCCUAUAGACUCCAUAUUAGCAGACUGGAAUGAAGAUAUAGAAGCUUUUGAAAUGAUGGAGAAGGAUGAGCUGUGACCCACUAAAGAAUCUGGUGGUAGGUAUUCAAAAAGAAAAGGUAAACUGUGGUUAAUAGACACCCUAAUACUAAGCAGGCUCUCUAAUGGGAGGCUUUAAGUAUGGUGAUGAACAACCACGUUCUGACUGGUGUAGUUAGUUAUUGUAGGAAUCUGGAACAUGCUAUGUUAAAAUUGACCUUGUUUAAAACUGUCCCAUCAAAAAUGGAAAUUCCCAAUUCCCCCCUCAAACGACAGCAGUCCAUCACCCCGCAACACCUCAGGCCAGGGAAAGAUUCCUGGGCAUUCUUGGGAACCAGAUUUCUGCGUUCUUUGGAUAGACAAAAAACAAAUUCAGUUAAUAGUGGAGUGGGAAAUAGGAGUUUGGAUAACUUUCUAAUUAAAGGAAGUUCAGCUGUCUUGGUUUCGGGGUUAGAGGCCCUUUUGGGAAGACACAUGUGAGUAUUGUGGCAUUCCGCUUAUGCUGCCUUCACAGAAACACUCUAAGUGGCCUAAGUGGUGAAGCAAAUACAUUCACGGUGAAAACAGGCUUUGCACAUCACUUGCACUUGUUUCAUUUUGUGACAAAUGAUCAAGACAACUUGAUUUGUUUUUCCUUCUUAACAAUGUCCUUUUCAUGUAAACCAAAGGUGAAGCCAGUGUACUUUCUCAGUGAGUUCUGUGCAUAAAGACUAAUCAGUGGGACCAGGUAAAAAGGUCAUAUAAUAUAUGGUGGAAAUUGGUUACUUAAUACUUUUGAAAAAUGGAGCAAUGGAGAAACUAUAAUGUUGCAAUAUGAACUUCCCAUUGGGCCUUCCAUAGGGAAAGCUAUGACUACUCUGAAAUGGAACUUAGCAUUAUAUCCCUGUAGGGUAGAUUAUAAAUCUUUUCCAGUUCAUUUCACUUAGAGGUGGUCACCUCUAGCCAUCAGCCUUACUCCAUCCCAUGUCUGGUAUGCAAUUUGAGCCACAAGGCCCGUAUCGCCAACAGCUGAAUACGUUUUUCUUCCAUUUUUCUAUCUUACAGAGCCAUGAUAUAACUGUGGUAGUGGUCUAAAAUUCCUGGGGUAACUACUGUUUUUUUCCUUUGAAACUUUGCUUUCUAAAGUUGUAUCUAAGGAGUCUGUCACAUUUUCCGUUGAAUCAUGGUUUUUAGGUUAUUUUUAAAAAACAAAUAUUCCUUCUGAUAUGGACUUGAAAAUUAGUCUAUGGUGACCUGUGU